AUGAGAUGGCCGCCAUGGAGAAUCGAGUCAAGCAAUGACGACAAACAACGCUCGGAACCCAUCUCCAACUCCCCAUCCUACCCCACACCCGCACCAAACAACUCGGACUCGAGUCUGGAUUGGACCGCCUUCACAGAGUCCAGGACACUUAUUUCGACCGUACUAUUGACGAGUGGUAUCUUGCUGGCGGUCCGCUUUCACCGCAGCUAUUUGCGCCGUAUUCCCGACGCGCCUAGCAUCUCCUCCUCGUUCCUCCGACGCCGGACCAUCUUCGGCAAGGUGACGAGUGUUGGCGAUGGCGAUAACUUCCGGAUAUUUCACACCCCGGGAGGCCGACUUGCCGGAUGGGGCUGGCUGCCUUGGAAGAAGAUACCUACUUCCAAGAAGGAGCUGAAAGAUAAUACUAUUCACAUCCGCUUAGCAGGCAUAGAUGCCCCCGAACUCGCACAUUUUGGCCGACCUGAGCAACCGUUUGCCCGUGAAGCUCACCAAUGGCUCACUUCCUACCUCCAAAACCGCCGCGUCCGGGCCUCGGUCUACCGCCAGGAUCAGUACAGUCGUGUCGUGGCCAGCGUAUCCGUCAGGCGCGCCUUUGAUUUUCCCCCAUUCCGCCGGAGAGAUGUAUCAUACGAAAUGUUGAAGCGCGGCCUAGCGACGAUAUACGAAGCCAAGGUAGGCGCCGAAUUUGGAGGCGACAAACUAGAGCGGAAGUAUCGUCGUGCAGAGUGGUGGGCGAAAGCACGAUCUAAGGGUCUUUGGAAGGACUAUCGCCGCAUUGGGUCUGAUUGGGAAAGCCCCAGGGAGUAUAAGAAACGGAUGGGAAUGGGCGAGCCCUCGGACAGUGGCGCUAAACCAAAAUCAUAG